AUGGGGGCAACCUCGACAGACCCGGAAGCGAAACCUGAAGACUUCUACUCUCUGGGUGCCGUCUAUCUCGCUUGGAUGCUUCGGGAUGCUCCUGGUGCCGACUACAUGAAGCGAAUCCGCGAGAAUGGCCUCGCUGUUGGGUUCGUUAGCGUAACAGACCGCAAGGCCAUCGUGGACUGGCUAACGGACAAGUCACAAACGUUGCAUGGACUGAUCACAGUCGAAGUUGCAUCGACAACCCCCCCUGGAACACCGCCACAAUUGCGAGCUUCGGCUGCGUUACCGUCAUCGUCAUCGUUUUCCAAACUGUCCGAGUCCACUUCGAGCCCCCUCAAGCGUAGAUAUGUCAUAGACCCCGCAGACAUAGAAGUCGUAAAGAGGAUCAAGGCGAACGAGAUCGAAUUACAGGAUCGGAAUACUGUGCUCCGGGGAAUCAAGCCCAACAACUUCAACUCGCUGAAGGAGUCGUUUGCCGACAAGCUGAAGAAGUUGAGGGAAGGAGGGAAGAGCACCACGUCCAUGAGUACUCUCACCCCGACAGCCGAUUCCAAAAUGCAGCCUCGGAAAGCUCGCAAUCAAUACCCCAUCAUUAUCAUCUCCUCUUCGCCGACGUCCCUCAUUACAAUGCACAACGUGCGUCGCUUCCUGCAAGACGCCGUCUUCGAGCCGUCGCAAGAAGCCCGUACCCGCGCGGCCGCGGAAGGUAAUGCGCGCCCGGAAGACAUGAUUCCCAUAUACCGAAAGCGAACCACGAUCGACUCAUCUGGACGCGAAACAGAGACGCAAACUAGGUACUUCGUGGUCGACAGCACCGAGGCGUUGGCGAAGUUCGGUACAGAUGCGUGGGACCGCGUGGUGUGCGUACUGACCACCGGGCAAGCGUGGCAGUUCCGGCCCUACAAAUGGACGGAGCCGAAGACGCUCUUCCACCACGUGAAGGGGAUCUACUUUUCGUGGACGAACGACCCGCCUAACCCCAAGAUCAAGGACUGGAAUGUCACGGAGCUGAAGAUCGACCCUCACCGUCGACAUGUGGACAAGUCCGUCGUAGCCCACUUCUGGAAACUCCUGGAUCAGUGGACGAGCAUGCAUAAGCCGUCCCUGGUGCAAGGCUGA